AUGUCCUUCAACGUGUUGGACAGGCCGAUAGAUGACGUCGUUGUCGUUGAUCAACCGUCUCUCACCAACACGAUCCUGGCCCGAGAUGUUGACAUGGUAGAGUCAAUUCUCUCCUCGGGUGCCGAUCCAAACGCUCGAAGAGUCGGAAAAGAAACACCAGUAUGGCGCUUGUUAGAUGGACGACGCAUAAAGCCGGAGAAACAAGAUCCCAAUUCGUGUCAAGAGCUGUAUCCACUUGAUCUUGCAAUGACAAGUCGCUCAACAUGUUGCCAUAUUGCCGAGCUAUUACUCGGUCACGGCGCCGAUCCGAAUUCUCGCUAUCCUGAGACUACAAUUGUUCAUCGAGUUUUGGAAAGACGAGGCCCAAGCCCCAACAUGGUACACAGUAAGCGGAAUGUGUACCUUGAGUCCAUUCUUCGGCACCCACUACUUGAUGUCAAUCUUCAAGAUGGGGAGGGCAUCCCAUUAAUCCAAACUGCUCUGGAGGUAGGAGAUGCAGAGACUGCACAAAUAUUGAUCGACAGAAGCGCCGACCUCCGUUGCAGGGAUUAUUCCAGUAGAAACAUCCUAAAUCUCCUCUCUGCCGAUGAUUGUGGAAUAGGCCUCGUUCAGCGUAUCCUCGCUUUGGCACCAGAUCUCCAAUACCAGUUUGAUAAGGACGGCAGGACCCCACUUCACUAUGCGAUAGAUUGCCAGAAGCCAGGAAACCCAAGAGACGAGGUCAAGCUUUUAAUUCCCCCGGGUCUUGAUGGCUUCGUCAAGGAUACAAUUGACUUACUGGUCUCCAAAGGAGCAGACAUCAACGCGCAGAACAAAGCCGGGGAAACGCCUGCAUUCGGGUACUUCCGUGGAAGCAGCUUCAGAGUUGAUCUUAACUGGGCGAAGUUAGAUGAAGAGAGACAUUUGCUGUCGAAGAAAUGGGGCGGUGAUAGAUGGAAGGUUAACAAGGAACUUGAGGCGCAGAUUGUUGAGGAAACGUAG